AUGCACUACAUCCCACCUUUCCUCUCUCUAAGCACAUCCUUCCGCUCAAGGCGCUCCAAGUCACCAAGCGACGCCUCAAACACCAGUUCAGCAAGCUCACCACCCUCAAGUCCAACCUCCACACUUCACUCGCAAAACUUCCACCCAUCCAAAAUUCACUCCCACACUUUCCGCGACGGCGAAAGCAACCAAACCACAACCACAAACGUCAGCCGUCCACGCCCCGCCUCCGACAUCCCUCUGGGCCACAAUGCCUCCACUCACGCCGUCGGCGUACUCCCCUGCGCCGUCUUGCGCGGUCGCUCCUCAAUGAUGGUUCUCCGCCGCCGUCUGUCCAAGAUUGACAUGGUGCUGACAGAAGAGCGGUCGCGGUGCGAUGAGGACUCCAUUGAGCGGCAGGGGUUGGGGCUUAUGGAGCCUCGACCAGAACAGCGCGGAGAGGUCCAGCAGUUUGUGAUGGGCGGCAUAUUGGAGGUUAUGGAGGGUCGCGCCUAG